AUGCCCCAUCACAGGACUCUCUUGAAGCACUUCCCUUCCCUGCACUCUCUCAACCUGUCCAGCAAUGCCAAGCUCACGCUGAGCCCAGCAGUCUUCUCCAACCUCGGGGCGCUGCGUCUGCUGGACCUGAGCAGCUGCAGCAUCACCCACAUCCACAUGGACACUUUCAAGGGCCUGGGAAACUUGCACACCCUGCUUCUAAGAAACAACAGCUUGCAAGAGCUUGAUGUCCCUUUCCUUUUGCCGCUGAAGGCCCUUUUCCACCUGGACCUGCAGCACAACGCGCUGGUCUCUGUGGACCCUUGGAGCCUGCAGCUGUUGGAGACGGUCCCACAGGUCCUUCUGGAAGGGAACCCCUGGGCCUGCGACUGCAGCGCGCACCCUCUGCAGCAGUGGCUGCGGCGCAGGAGAGCUGUGCAGGUGACCUGCGUGUCCCCCCCGGGGCUGAGGGGCCGGGAGAUUGCAGCUCUGGAUUCUCAGCACCUGGGCUGCCAGGUUAAGCAGCGGUUUGCUCGUGAGCUCACCACACCACAGAAUAUCACAGUGACUGAGAACAACAGCACUGCACUGCCUGCCGGGAAGGGGGGAAGGAGCUGGCCAUACCUGGUGGGAUUCCUGGUGACAGCGAUUGGCAUCUCCAUCCUGAUUGCACUGGCUGCCAAGUGCAAGCUUGCCCACAAGAACUUCGCCAGCUACCGCCACCGGCCACUGCCUGAAAUGAGCUCCAUCGGCCGCAGCCCCAUGGAGGACAGCAGCAGCUGGGACAGGGGCUCCUGUGGGAGCCAUUCCAUAACUGAUGCUGCUGACCUGCAAGCUGAGGAUGAUGAUGGCUUCAUCGAGGACAACUACAUCCAGCCCAGUGAGCAGCUGCCAACAAAAGAGGAGCAAGAGUUGCAUCGCUCCAUCUGAGCUUACAAGCUUACAGCUCAGCCACCACUGCUGCGGCCUCUUGCUGUCUCCCUAGCUCCACCCCUUUCCUACCUGUCCUUGGCUUUGGGCCCCACGUGUUUGGGGCAGGAGGAAGGGAGCAGAGAGGAGGGGAGAGAGGGAUGGACUAGGAAUGAUGAUGAAGGCUGAAAGCAGCUGGUCCCAGAGCGUCCCAGCAUGACAUCAGUAGGCUGCACUGACACAGGGACACCAAACCAGGUGCUG